AUGUCCGCGCAGGUGGCCUAUGACCACGCCUGUGCUGCUUCGGCCCUCGUCGAUGCCGUCCUGUCGACCUUUGCUCGGCUCAGCGCAAUACCGAGUUUCGUCGCGUAUGCAGCGUACUGUGGCGCAGCCAUACAGAUUCCUUUCAUGUGGUCCACCGAGCCAGCCGUGAAGCAGAGAGCGUACGAGAACGUCAGGGCGAACGUCAAGAUGAUCUAUACUCUGGCAAAGUACUGGAAGUUCGCCGCUUUGUUGGAGAGCCACGUGCGCUACAUCUACCAGAUCCACGCCAAGAGCCCGGUCAUUCUCGAAAAUGAGCCCAAGUUGAUCAUUGAUUCGAAGAAGCUGAUGAGCUUCCGCGGCACCACCGCCGUCCACGCCAGAGAGUCCAUCCUCGGACACAACCGCAUCCUGUGGAGGAACGGCAAUGUCCUGCCCCGGCCGGGCGAAGAGGUCGCGGAUCUUGGGGCUGAAGGAGGAGAAGGAGAAGGGCAAGGAGGGAGACGUGGUGAGUCGCUUACAGACCCUCCUCCAUCAGCAGUCGAGAUUCCCCGGAGGAGAGAAAUAUCCGAGCCUCAGUCUCAAUCAACGCUCUCGCUCCUCCCGGAACCAGCUGCCGCGCCUCUCGCCCAACAAACCCAACCGCCGCCCCCGAUCCCCGGAGUUUCGCUGCCCAUGCAAGUACCAUUACCGUUGUCAUCACCAUACGCACCACCACCGCCGCCACCGCUGCCGAUCAUCGAGCAAACACCAGGGCUUGAGCUUCCGAGCCUGGACUUCUUCCGCCCCUUCCACGACCCCGAAAUGCUCGAUCUCUUCCCCAACGGCCAGGCCAUGGACUUUUCGCUCUUCGCCCCGAGUCCUGGGGCGGGUCUCGGCUUUUUGGAUCCCUGGCCUGCCACGAUCCCAGAGUGA